ACUGGCACCAGUUACACCUUAAGUGUGCGCCGAGUACCUGAACUCACAAGCAGACAUGAUCCGUGGGCAGAUAUUGGCAGCACUGUUGCUGUUGGGGAUUGCUGCCACGUGCCAGCAGGCGCUGUGCGGCCACGCCCACUCGUACGCCCACCAGACGGGUCCCGUGGUGGGUCCCGCCCACCCAGUCACCGUGGGACACGCCGGCUAUGGGGGAUACGGACACGGACACGGAGGACACAGUGUGGACUACGUGGCGUACCCGAAGUACGAGUUCGAGUACGGGGUGUCUGACGGCCACACAGGGGACCACCACUCCCAGAAGGAGCACCGCGACGGAGACGUGGUGACGGGCGAGUACUCGCUCAAGGAGGCGGACGGCAGCGUGCGCACCGUCAAGUACCACGCAGACAAGUCCGGCUUCCACCCCGUCGUGCACCACUCGCAUUACGGCUACGUCGCUUCACCUGAAACAGGAUUCCGACGAGGUUACGGACACUACUGAGGGUGCCUCUCCUGCAGCAGCUGGAGCCCAGAUUGCAGUACCUGCCACGUCUCCUCACGCCCUUAGUGUUAAGCUUCUGUUGAUCUCGUAAAACGAACAUCGUAAGCACGCUGUCAUAGCAUCUCAAGUGCAGUAUUGCAAACUUUAACAUUCCUUUGUUAUUUCCUUGAAACCAGUUCCCCCAUUUCACGACAUGUGAUUAUAAUGUAGCCAAGUUCCUAUUAGUGAGAUGAAUGUUCACUCCAUACGAACCCUGCUGCACCAUGCCACGUCGGAAGAAACUGCAUUGUCAAACAUUUUCCUUCAUUCAGUGUAAGUGCAGUCUGUACCUUUAUUUUUAUGUUGGUUGUAUAUGAAUACUUUUGUACUGUUGAUUAUAAUUUAGAAGAAAACAAUAAAAAUUCACUCUUGCAGAAACAAGA